AGAAGAGAGAAGCCGGGCGAGGAGGAAGCAAGAUUCGCACUAGGGGCCGGAGUCAGGCAUGUCUCCGGAGGGGGAGAGAAGCCGGCCGGCCUCUCCCAGCUGCCUCCUUCCCAACCUCGGUCCUGCGCUUGGAUGACCCGGUUGGGUUCCAGGCAGGUUGGGUGAACCUACCUGCGUGUCAGUUCUCCAAAGGCCACCUUGAAGAAGGGAAAGGGAGCAUCCACCGCCAGGGUCAUUUCCUGGCGUUUGAUUGGAUGGGAACUUAUCUUUCAUGAUAUACAAAGUGGAAGCCAUUUGUACGUCUUCACAUACAGCCAAGAUAUCUCAGGUAAAGUGGAGUGAAUGGCUUGCUGACGUCCCUCUUGUGCUAAUGGAAACCAUCCUCUGAAUGAAAAGGGAUUUCAAGAUCUAAAACGUUCCUUGGAGUUACUCUAGAGACAGAGACAGAGACAGGAUGGAAACACAACUUUUAGCAAGUGAGACAACUGAAAAAGAACCUUCUGCUGUUCAGGAUGGAAGCUGUGGGGACAUCUGGGAAAGAACUGGACAGAAGAUCCUGGAGGAGGAAACCAUCCAUUCAGAAGUUCAGCCCUGGAACUUCAGGAGUGUCCAAUACCAGGAGGCUGAGUGUCCCCGAGGACUCUGUAGCCGAAUCCACAACUUCUGUAGGCAAUGGCUGAGACCAGAAAAGCACACCAAAGUGCAGAUGCUGGACCUUGUGGUUCUGGAGCAGUUCCUGGCCGUUCUGCCCCCAGAGAUGGAGGGCUGGGUGCGGGAGUGUGGAGCAGAGACCAUCUCCCAGGCAGUGGCGCUGGCUGAAGGCUUCCUCCUGAGCCAGGCGGAGGAGCAGAAGGAACAGGUCAAAUUGCAGUCCUUCUUUGUGGAGAUCAGGGAUCCUGAGGGAAGGAAGAAUCCAACACAUCCCCCUCUGGAACUGUUUUUCCGGAGGUUCUCUCAGGAAGAUCCAAGUCAGGACACAGGAGAUCUUCAUGGUGGAGCUGAAAGAAUGAUUGAACCUCCAAAUCAAGAAGGCCCCGUGUCCUUCAAGGAGGUGUCUGUGUAUUUCUCUGAGGAGGAAUGGUCUCAGCUGGAUCCUGACCAAAAAGCGCUGUAUUGGGAAGUUAUGCUGGAAAAUCAUAGGAACGUGGCCUCUCUGGGUAAUGAUGGGCAGGAGAAUAAAGAUUCCUAUGAACUAUUACAAGGGAUAACUGCUGGAGACAGAAUGGAGACGUCUGCAAUUGGAAUGGAAAUAGAAAGAUAUGAGAAAAACCAGUCUGACAAUUGGAAUCAGGAAAGUUCAUCUUCCAUUGAUGCUCCAGUGCAAGACGUUGUGAUCCAACACAGGAAAGUUAAAGAAUAUAUUGUAAAAGGUGUGAAGCAAAGCAAAGACAAAUUACAUGCAAAUGGAUGGUAUCCAGCCCAAAUUAACGGAGAAGUUAACAUAUUCAGAGACAAUGGAAAAGAUUACAACUGGACAUUUACUCUGUCUCAUGGAUAUAGGUCACUUACAUCCCAGAAUAAGAUUUACACAGAAGAGAAGCAAUCUAAAAAUUGGGAAUGUGGAAAGAGAUUCCAAAAGAGUAGUCAACUUACUUCCCAUAACUGGAUCCACACAGGGGAGAAGCCAUAUAAAUGCAGAGAAUGUGGCAAAUGCUUCAGGAGAUGCAGAUAUCUUACAUCUCAUAAAAGGAUCCACUCAGGGGUGAAGCACUAUCAAUGCAAGGAUUGUGGGAAGACUUUUAUAUAUCAUAGUCAACUGGCUUCCCAUAAAAUAAUCCACACAAAGGAGAAGCCAUAUGAAUGCAGAGAGUGCGGUAUGAACUUCAAGAAAAGCAGUUAUGUUACUUCCCAUAAAAGAAUCCACACAGGGGAAAAACCUUAUCAAUGCAUGGAGUGUGGAAAGAGCUUUAGGUCAAGUCAUCAACGUACUUCGCAUAACUGGAUCCAUACUGGUCAGAAGCCAUAUAAAUGCAUGGAAUGUGGAAAGACCUUUGCUUGGAACAGUUCUCUUACUUUACAUAAAAGGAUCCACACAGGGGAGAAGCCAUAUAAAUGCAUGGAGUGUGGAAAGACUUUUGCUCGGAACAAUCAACUAACUCUGCAUAAGAUGAACCACACAGGGGAGAAACCAUAUAAAUGCAUGGAGUGUGGAAAAGGCUUUAAGUCAAACGGUGAUCUUACUUUCCAUAACAAGAUCCACUCAGGGGACACACCAUAUAAAUGCACCGACUGUGGAAAGGGUUUCUGUGAAAAUGCAUCGCUUAUAAAACAUAAAAGGAUCCACACAGGGGAAAAGCCGUAUAAAUGCAUGGUGUGUGGAAAGACCUUUGCUCAGAGGAGUUAUCUAUUUUCCCAUAAUAAGAGACAUAGACAGGAGAAAUCAUAUAAGUGCAUGGAAUGUGGAAAAUGCUUUAUGUCAAAUGGUGGUCUUCAGACCCAUAAAAGGAUCCACACAAGGGAGAAACCGCAUCGAUGCAUUGAAUGUGGAAGGGUCUUUACAUCACAUAGUCAUUUUAAGAUCCAUAAAAUGACCCACACAGGGGAGAAACCAUAUAAAUGUGUGGAAUGUGGAAGGGGCUUCAUGUCACAAAAGUCUCUUAGUACCCAUGAAAGAAUCCACCUAGAGGCGAAGCCAUAUAAAUGCAUGGAGUGUGAAAAGACUUUUGCUCAGAGAAGUACUCUUACUUUCCAUAAGAGGAUCCAUUCAGGGGAGAAACCUUAUAAAUGCAUGGAGUGUGGAAAGAGCUUUGCUCAGAGGAAUCAACUUACUUGCCAUAACAGGAUUCACACAGGAGAGAAACCAUAUAAAUGCAUAGACUGUGGAAAGAACUUUGCUCAGAGAAGCACUCUUACUUUCCAUAGCAGGAUCCACACAGGGGAGAAACCAUUUAAGUGCAUGGAGUGUGGAAAGAGCUUUGCUCAGAGGAGUCAACUUACUUGCCAUAACAGGAUCCACACAGGAGAGAAACCAUAUAAAUGUAUAGUGUGUGGAAAGAACUUUGCUCGGAGCCAUCAACUUAGUCGCCAUAACAGAAUCCACACAGUGGAAAAACCGUACAAAUGCAUGGCAUGUUGAAAAGGCUUUACUGCAAAUGAUGAUCUUACUUUCCACACGAUCUUCAAAUUCCAAAGUGGCUGAAUGUUGAUCACAUUGUUCUAGAAAGUCAUAAUUUUCAGAUGCAGUUGAAAUUUUAUUUUGGGGGAAGUGCCUUUAAUUUGAACAGAUAUUAAAUAAAUGUUUUUAAUUGAGCAGAACCUAUACUUCAGAAAACUGCCAGUUGUUCUUGACCAAACACAUAGAAAGAAUGGAAGUUGCCUCUGGAAUGUGUGUGUAUGUGUGUGUGUACACAUAUAUACACACAUACAUAUGUACUGUGCAUUCAGAAAGUAUUCAGAUCCCCUUCACUUUUGUCAAUUUUGUUAUGCUGCAGCCUGAUGUUGUAAUUCAUUUUUUUCCUCAUUAAUCUACACUCAGUGUAUAUUACACUUUCUGAAAGCACUGUGUAUGUGUGUAAUAAAAUCAGACUUGCAGAAGUUGCAAUCUUA